CCCCUCAAAGUCACUGGAUUCAGGUGUUCUAAUCACCUCCCAAAUCAUUGGAUUCAGGCGUUCCAAUCACCUCAAUGGCCACAGGUGUAUAAAAUCAAGCACCUAGGCAUGCAGACUGCUUCUACAAACAUUUUUGAAAGAAUGGUUCGCUCUCAGGAGCUCAGUGAAUUCAAGCGUGGUACCGUGAUAGGUUGCCACCUGUGCAAUAAGUCCUUUCCUUGCUACUAAAUAUUCCACGGUCAACUGUAAGUGGCAUUAUAACAAAGAGGAAGCAACUGGGGACAACAGCAACUAAGCCA